UUGUGUUCUGGGUCCGUUGUCUCUGUGAUCCGGUUCUUCGCCAUGGCGGAGCCUCGCAGCAGCACCGUGGAGCUCCGGAGCCUGCAGCUGGCAGAAGGAACAGAGUCUGCAGACAGCGGCAUCGGAGACGUGGACGACCUGCCGCUGCCUCAGCAGAUCCACAUCAGCAGCAUCACCUGCGACUCCUUCAAGAUCAGCUGGUCCAUGGACAGCAGGGGCCGGGACCGGAUCAGCCACUACUUCAUCGACCUGAACAAGAAGGAGAACCUGAGCUGCAACAAGUUCAAACACAAGGACGUUCCCACCAAGCUGGUGGCGAAGGCGGUUCCGCUGCCGAUGACGGUCCGAGGUCACUGGUUCCUGAGUCCUCGGACCGAGUACACCGUCGCCGUGCAGACGGCCGCCAAACAGCCGGAUGGAGAAUACGCCGUGUCCCAGUGGAGCGAGAUCAUCGAGUUCUGCACCGCAGAUUACUCCACCGUCCACCUGAACCAGCUGCUGCAGAAAGCCGAGGCCAUCGCCGGCAGGAUGCUGCCGUUCACCGUCUUCUACAGGAACCAGCAGAGGGAGUCCUUCCUGCCAGACAGAGACGCUCAGUGUCGCCACCUGCUGCCGGCGGUGAAGGACGACAGCGGCAGCCACGGCUCGCCCAUCAGCGGCAAACUGGAGGGGAUCUUCUUCAGCUGCAACACCGAGUUCAACACCGGGAAACCCCCACAGGACUCUCCGUACGGACCCUACCGCUUCCAGAUCCAAGCAGACGUCCUCUUUAACCACAACACCAACAUCUACUUUGGGGAUUUCUACUGCAUGUACACGUCGUACCACUACGUCAUCGUGGUUUUGGCCCCCGUCGGCUCCCCAGGAGACUCCUUCUGCAAGGGGAGGCUGCCGGUUCUGGACCGGUCCAGCAACUGCUUCCUGACCUGCACCAAGGAGGACGACGGCUCGCUGUCCUUCCGCCACGCUCAGGACGUCAUCCUGGAGGUGAUCUACACCGAGCCAGUGGACCUGUCGCUGGGGACGGUGGCCCAGAUCAGCGGCCACCAGCUCAUGAGCCUGUCCACCGCCAACGCCAAGAAGGACCCCAGCUGCAAGAUCUGCAACAUCAGCGUCGGACGUUAGCCGCAGCUUCGGUCCGCAUAACAAGCUAACGCGUAGUAGCUAACAGCUAAACCACUAACUUCAUUCACCUCUACCCAGAACUCAGCCCACGGAUCGUCUGUGCAGCGUACCAGUUAUGUCUCACUGUGACGGCGCCCUCUCGUGGUCACAGUGAUGAUCACAGGGGCAGCAGGAGGUCAUGUGAUGUCGCUAAAGAGCAUAGCAGGUAUUUCUUAUACAGUCUAUGCUAAAGAGCCGUGAAGCAAAGAGGAGGUCGGGGUGGAUGGAGGGGAACCGCAGGAGGCCGCCUUCUGAAUGUUUUCAGUGGAAACCG